AUCCUAUAGCGUGUGGUGGCGCUCGGCGAGGGUCGGGCUGGUGAUUGCGACUGGGAAAGGGAGGAUUGAGCAGAAGUACGCGUAUCUGGGCGCGCUGGUCUCAAAAUCCUUGGAGAGUGAGCAGGCUGCCAUGAUGGUGGCUUGAUGCUGGACUUGAGUAUCGCAAAAGAACGCGGAGACGAUACCUCGGGCUGCGAUGCGUUGGCCCUGAACGAAGAAGCGCGCGAUGGUCUCGAUGGACCUGCUUCGCUUGCGUCAGCAUGCGUGGCGGACCGCCGAGCCGAGUUUGCACUCGAUCUCAGCGGCAUCUUACCAAAAGGCUGAUAGGCUGUCUAUUCGAACUUGCCGGACAGUUCGGCGACGGUGCUCAGCGCGUGAUUUCGUUUGAUCCGCGAGGUGGGAGAUUGAGGAGGCAGGAGGCAGUCCAUUAUUGAGUGGGAUGGAGCAGAGCCAUGCUGCUUUGGGGACACGGAGAUGAGCGGUGCAUACCCUCGUCCGAAUGCACACGCCUCGCUACCGAGCUUUGCCGAAGGUAGCAGUAGUGGUGAGUAGCGAUGUUUGUAGAUCUCGGAUUUGCAGCGUCGGACAUUGGCGCUAG